AUGGCGCUGGCUCGCGUCAACGCGCUGUUCGUGGAUCGCAUCGAGCGCUUGGGUCUCGUGCGCGUCUCGCGGACGCCCUCGAGCGACGGCGACGCCGCCGCGUCGCCGUCGCCGUCCGGAUCGCGACGAUCCGACGCGCCGUGCGCGUCGAAUGAUGAGAGCGGUGCCGACGACGGAGACUACCUCGAGAUUAACUUCGCGCCCACGCCGCCGUGGACGCUCUGGAACCUCGCGCAGACGACGUGGGGGUUCCUCCUCGCGCAUUACAUCUUCUACGGCUUCGUCGCCUCCGCGCUCGCGUGCGCGUUCAUCGAGUUGACCGCGGUGAAGGCGGCGCUCGCGGUCGGGCUCGUGCUCUACCAAAAAUCGUUCUGGGACGGUUCGGAGCUGCGCUCGGGGCGGCCGUGGCACGCGUUUCGCGCGCACCCGGUGUGGAACCUGACGCAGAGCUACUUCCCGGCGAGGUUGAUACGCACGAGGGCGCUGGACGCGAGCGAGAAAUACGUCUUCGGGUGGCACCCGCACGUCCCCGGGUGUCGAGAGAUCUGCCUUUGGAUGGGCGCCGUGGACGCGGGGCGAACGACCGCGUCGCGCGUCCUCGACGACGACUGCAGCGUCGCGGUGUACCCGGGAGGGAGCCGAGAGAUCUUCAGCACGGACCCGAACAGCUCGGAGACGAAGGUGUACCUGAGCAAGCGGAGAGGGUUCGUCAAGCUCGCCAUCGCGCACGGCGCGGCGUUGGUGCCCGUGUUCGUCUUCGGCGAGAAGCGGUGUUACCGGCGCCUGAACGUCCCGGCGCCGCUGCGGGACUGGCUGCUGCGGACGUGGAAGAUACCACUGAUCGUGUUCUGGGGGCGGUGGUUCACGUGGUACCCGUACGCGGCGAGGCAGACGGUGGUGUUCGGCGCGCCCAUCGACACGAAGAAGCACAAGCCGCCGGCGGGCGAGGACCCGAGCGAGGCGCGCGUGGACGAGGUGCACGCGGAGUACGUGGAGGCGGUGCGCGCGCUGUUCCAGGCGCACAAGCGCGACGCCGGGUACGGGGAGGAGGAGACGCUGACGGUGAUUUGA